ACGCUGCUUCAUCCAUUUUUCCAGUCUCAUUCUCUCUCUCUCUCUCUCUCUCUCUCUCUCAACCCACAAUUCCAAUUCCCUCCCUCAAAUGCCAAUUUCUCAAUCCCUUUGAUUUUCUGUUAUCUUUUUUUCUCUACACUGCUUUUGACCUAAAUCCCCUUCUUUACUAACAUCCUAGAUUGCUUUCGGACCCAAUUUCAGGACCUCCGCUGCUUCGAAUCUCGUGGUGCUUAAUUAUCAUCGAUCACGGAGUUUUGAUUUACAGCCCUCUGGGUUUAGUGGGUCUGAAGGGGUGGUGGUGGUGAUUGUGAAGGUACACUACACUGCAUGUUUGAGAAUUAAGGGGAGGGUUCCUCUGCUCUGCUGUGGAGGAUACCCGUGGCAGAGAAGUGAUUUUGAUAUAGCUUUUUGUGGCUUUGGAGAGUGCUUUUGAAUUGUGGGGUGUCGAAUUUCAGAGGAAAUGUUUGCUCCAGUAGCUGAAACAGGAUUUGAGGGUAGUGGAGUGUCAGGACCCAUUUUGAUUCCAAAGCGGUUUGUUUGGCCUUAUGGGGGAAAAAGGGUAUAUCUAAGUGGUUCUUUCACGAGAUGGUCAGAACAUAUACUAAUGUCUCCUAUGGAGGGAUGCCCUUCAGUCUUUCAAGUUACUUGCCCUUUAAUGCCUGGAUAUCAUCAGUACAAAUUUAAUGUCGAUGGUGAGUGGCGCCACGAUGAGCAGCAACCAGUUGUAAGUGGGAACUAUGGAGUAGUUAAUACUAUUUAUUUAGGGCGAGAACCAGAUAUGCACACCAUUUUGAGUUCUGAAACACCUGGUAGAUCUCACAUGGAGGUUGAUAGUGUUAUCUUUGGGCAUGUGGAGGCUAAUCCAAGUAUGUCAGAUUCUGAUCUUGAGGUCUCUCGCCACCGUGUAUCUGAAUUCUUGUCUACACAUACUGCUUACGAGUUACUUCCAGAUUCAGGGAAGGUAGUUGCCUUGGAUAUAAAUUUACCAGUUAAGCAAGCAUUUCAUGUGCUUUAUGAACAGGGCAUAUCUAUUGCUCCUCUAUGGGAUUAUUGCAGGAGCCAGUUUGUUGGAGUGCUCAGUGCAAUGGAUUUCAUUCUAAUGUUGAAAGAGCUGGGAAAUCAUGGAUCAAAUCUGACUGAAGAACAACUUGAAACUCAUACAAUAGCAGCCUGGAAAGAGGGAAAACUACAGCAUCAUAGAACACUUAGUAGUAACGGGGGAUCAUAUCCUUGGCGUUUUGUUUAUGCUGGACCUCAUGAAUGUCUUAAAGUAGUUGCUUUGAAAGUUCUGCAAAACAAAGUGUCAACAGUUCCUAUCAUCCAUUCUUCUGCAGAUGAUGGUUCAUUUCAUCAGCUGCUACACCUGGCUUCCUUAUCAGGAGUUCUAAAAUGUAUAUGCAGGCAUUUCAAGUACUCAUCUGGUUCUUUGCCUAUUCUUCGCUCACCGAUUGGUUCAAUACCUUUGGGUACACGGUUGCCUAAAGUUGGGGAACUAAAUGGACAGCCACUUGCAAUGCUAAGGCCAAAUGCAUCGCUAGGUGCUGCUCUGUCAAUGUUUGUUCAAGCUGAAGUUAGCUCAAUACCAAUUGUGGACGAUAAUGAUUCUUUGCUUGAUAUAUAUUCAAGAAGUGAUAUUACGGCGUUGGCGAAAGAUAAAGCUUAUGCUCGGAUAUCCCUUGAUGAGAUCAGUAUCCAUCAGGCAUUGCUUUUGAGACAAGAUGCAAAUUCUCCUUAUGGGCUUUGGAAUGGCCAGAGAUGUCAUAUGUGUUUGAAGUCUGAUUCGUUGCAGAAAGUUAUGGAGCGUUUAGCCAAUCCCGGAGUUAGGAGACUUGUGAUUGUGGAAGCUGGCAGCAAGCGCGUGGAAGGGAUAAUUUCCUUAAGUGACGUGUUCAAAUUCUUGUUAGGCUAACUGGGAAGGGAAAAGCAGUUUGGAAGAAUGGAUUUAGUUUAAUGGCACUUGUUUUCUGAGCAAUUCUCCUUCCUUUGCUUACAUUUUAGAGUUGUUGGAUGGGCAUCUUUGGUUCUUGUUGCUCACUUUUAGGGAUACAAAAUGGGAGAGAAAAUUCUGUAAAUUUAGUUUCAACUUUCUCCUUUGAAGAUCUUAAUGAAAUCUUUUUCUCCAUUGUGCCGGCACAUUAGGAAAGAUCGCAUGCAGCGAGCGUACGCUGUUUUGCUGGCUGGUUGUAAUUUCAUGUUAUUUUUUUGGAUGUUAAUUUAGAUUUUUCUGUUGAAACGUUGAUUAA